AUGGUAUAUUUGGAAGUGCAGAUCAGUGGCGGGCUCGGCCGGCCGGAAGCUGCGGUGGCCGCGCGGAGGGGCGGGGCCUGGGCCUGGCACGGGGAUUGCGGCGGGUGCCGCCCAUGGAGCCGCCCUGCUGGGAGGAGGGGACGAUCCGACGUGGUGGCAGGAGCCAGCGACGAUGAGCGGGCUCUCAGCAGCUCAGAGGAUGAGGUGGAUGUGCUCCUACACGGCACUCCUGACCAGAAGCGGAAGCUGAUACGAGAGUGCCUGACUGGGGAGAGCGAGUCUUCCAGUGAUGAUGAGUUCCAAAAGGAGAUGGAAGCAGAACUGAACACCACCAUGAAGACUAUGGAAGGCAAAUGGAAAUCACCAGAAAUGGGUACUUCAUCAAGUACUGGGCAGACUGGACCUGCCACCACUUCAAAAUACUAUGAUGAUAUUUACUUUGAUUCUGAUUCAGAGGAUGAAGAUAAAACAGAUACACACGAUGUCCGGAAAAACAGAAAACAUCAGCAGCGUCGGAUUCUUUCCAAUGAUGAACUGCUAUAUGACCCAGAGGAAGACAGUAGAGACCAAGAGUGGGUAGACUCACAGAGGAGAGGGUACCGUAACCAAAGAAGAGCUCCACAACGGCAGCAGGCAAAACCUGCACCUGUCCCCAAUAGUGAUGCUGUUUUGAAUUGCCCUGCUUGCAUGACAACAUUAUGCCUGGACUGCCAGAGACAUGAAUCUUACAAAACACAGUACAGAGCAAUGUUUGUGAUGAACUGCGUUGUUAACAAAGAGGAAAUACUGAAAUACAGAAAGAAGGUAAAGAGCAGAAGUAAGAAAAUGAAGCACGGCAAAGAAACUAGCUCUGUACAAUCAAAUCAAGAAGAGGAGGAAGUAUAUCAUCCAGUAUUAUGUACUGAAUGCUCAACUGAAGUGGCAGUAAUGGAUAAAGAUGAAGUUUUUCACUUCUUCAAUGUUCUAGCCAGCCACUCCUAAUGUGCAAAUGCAGGGGGAAAAAUUACUGCGCUGUUUUAAGAAUGUGGGAAGUGUCAGAAAUGCAGGCAUGUUAGCCUUUUUAAACUGUGGUCUUGUAAAUGUGCAUUUUCAUCAGAGAACUUUGUAAUGGUUGGACUUUUGCAAACUUUAUGAAAGGAACACAGUUAACUGCGUGCAUUUGAGAGCAAUAUUCUUUUCUACCGUCAGGUGGUUGCAUCAUUGGGGAUUUAAAAUUUUGUAAAUAUCAUGUAAGAUCUGUAUAUGAUGAUCAUUCCCUGUAUAUAUACUACCCAUUAUCUGAGUAUGUAUUAGAACUGCUCCUUGGAAUAAAUACUGUAUAGUAACUGGUUCUCUGUA